AUGUUGAAGAUUAUGGCGAAGAAGAGGAAUUUUGAAGGAGACGAGGACGAUCAGAUCCCAAAUUACAAGUCCUUUCAAAGGAAGUUCAAAUCGCUGGGUGACAAAGCCAAGGACAACUACGACCUGAAUGAGGAUGACCCCGAGAAAUGGGAUAGUCAGCAGCAGCCUGACCAUGCCGAGGACACGCAAAAGGCGGCCCGAGAUGAGCGGGAAGGGCGGGAGAAAGCACGCGACUGGUACCGCGACGAGGCUGACGAGGGCCACGACGAGCGCAUCGAGAAGGUUAGAGGCAACGAACAGGUCCUCACUAAUCAGAUUGCGCAUAUUGACCCCGACUACGAAUACGUGACUUCGAUGCGGGAUAUGGAUCCAGACCUGAGAAGAGAGCUGGAGGAGGAGAAUGAGAGACGUUGGGCUGCACAUGAGCAAACCGGAGGGGAAGACGACGAUCAGGAAGAGAACAGUGACAUGGACAUUGUGUCGGAUGACGAUGAAUAG